AUGACGUCGCUGCGCCACGCCAACCUGUGCGAGCUCCACGCGGCGUUCGUGAGCCGCGGCGAGCUGUGGCUCGUGCUGCAGCUGCACGAGGCGGGCUCCUGCGCCGACAUCCUACGGCUGAGCGCUCCGUCGGGCCUCGGCGAGAGGGCGGCGCUGGCGGUGGUGCGCGAGGCGUGCCGCGCGUUGAGCUACCUCCACUCCCUCGACCUCAUCCACCGCGGGCUCAAGGCCGCAGCACUGCUCGUCGACGCGGCCGCGCGCGUGCGCCUCUCCGACUUUGGCCUCGCCGGCGCUCUGGUCGAGUUCGGCGAGCGGCGGCGCAAGCGCGAGACCUUUGUCGGCGCCGGGCAGGUCUACUGGCUGUCGCCCGAGAUGCUCGAGCAGACGGCGGGGCACGACGCGGGGGUGGACGUGUGGGCGCUGGGCAUCACCGCGAUCGAGCUCUGCAGCGGCGAGCCGCCCCACGCGGGCGAGCCGCCCAUGAAGGUGAUGCUGCGUGUGCUUCAAGGAGAGCCGCCGCAGCUGGCGCGCGCGUCGGGGCCGGUCGCGGCGCUGCUCAGCGCGUGCCUCUGCAAGCGGACCGCCGACCGCAGCUCGGCCAACGAGCUGCUCGAGCUGCCCGCGCUGAGCGAGCUGCCGGAGCGGGCCUGC